AUGGGUCCAAAACGACAAACUAGAAACAAGGGCAAAGGAAAGGCAUCAAUGGCGAUACCAACAGGGGACACAGACACAGAAGAUGUCGAUGUAUCCGCUCUAAUGAAAGGUACAGGCAUCUUGGAUCUUGCCAAUCCCAGCAGUAUCAACGAAAUCGAACAAGCAGAUGACAGUAAAAUGGAACUAGAAGAAGAGGGCUUUGAGGAGGACGAUGACGACGAUGACGAUGACCAAGACUCGCUUGAUGAGUGGAUGGAAGAAGACGACGAGGACGAGACAGUGGAUGAUGAUGAAAUAACGACGCUUCUCAAUCAAUCAGCAGAGCAACGCUCCAAAUUAAAAACAGGUGAUUUGGAUGAAUUCCAAAGGGAGAUGGAGGAGUUCGACAACAAUUUAGCAUUGACAUCUGGCAUUGGUCUGAAUCGUGUCAAAAGGUCUACCAAGAAACGCAUUACAGCAGGCGAGUUGAGACUCAGUGAUGAAGUAAAGCGGGUACUGGGUCAAGCCAACGGGCUAUAUAUCCAAAAAGAUUACGGCAGUGCCGUGGAUCUACUGCAAAAUAUCAUCAAGGAAAACCCGCAGGCCUAUCCAGCGUGGAAUACAUUGGGAUUAGUGCAUGAAGAGCUGGGGAAUACAGAGAAAUCACUCCAGUUUCGUAUGACAGCUGCUCUCUUGACAAAUGACAAUGAUCUAUGGAAGGAAUUGGCACAGAAAUCAAUUGAAUGCAAUGCUACUCGCCAAGCUAUCCACUGUUUCUCCAAAGUCAUCAGCAACGAUCCAACAGAUGUCGAUGCUAUUUGGGAUCGUGCAUUUCUCUACAAGCAACUUGACGACACUACAAAGGCCAUUGAGGGAUUUAAAACUAUUCUAGAGCACUAUCCACAUCACUUCAAGGUCAUCAACGAACUGGCUCACUUAUACCGAACCCAAGGCAAAACCAAGGAAGCGAUUCAAAUGUACGAGGACGCGAUUGUUUGGCAUACAAACAACAUUGAAGAGGACGAAGAUGAGGACGAAGAAGAAGGAGUAGAAGAUGACUUCAAAAACAAAUUGGGAUAUUCUGAAAUCAACAUGUUGAGUGAACUAUACCUGAUUCUGAACGACUACAAGAAAUCACUCAACACGAUCAAAACCGGUUUGAGACUGAUUCAAAAACGCCAAAACGAGACUUGGUGGGUGGAUCGUGAUGAUGACGAUGAAUACCUGGAAGAUGAUGAAAGUAGAACAGAAUUUCCCAUUGAAUUACGAGUGAGAAUGGGUGUUUGUCGUGUGUAUAUGAAUCAAGUGAGAUUGGGCACAGAACAUUUCAAAUAUUUGUUGCAAUACCCUGCUACUACCUAUCCCGAUUUGCAUCAAGAUAUUGCUUAUGCCUACUAUGAUAAGAGGCACUUUGAUCUAGCGCUGCAAGUGUUUCAGAGAAUUAUUGAUGUGUCAGAUGAGGUACAAACGGAUCUGGUUAUUAAAACUGGUGAUUGUUUCAAAGAGAUUGGCCAUUUGGAUACUGCUGUGCAAUUCUACAAGAAUGUGCUGGAGGAGCAAAGUGACAAUGUGGAUGUGUUGAUGUCGCUUGCUACUGUCUACGAAGAGCAAGGAAAAGAGGAAGAAGCUUUGCAACUAGUCGAUUAUGUGAUGGAGCAAGGUAGAAAAGCACGCAAGCAGAAAAGGUCUGACCUGGACAAGGACGAUGACCAAGACGAAUCUACCGCCAAGGACAGGCUCAACGAAAUGAAGGAAAAUCGAAGAAAGAGAGCCAAGCCAUCCUCCUCCAUCUUUGAUGAAACGAGUAAGCAAAGUAAAGCAGAGUACUAUCGUCAGCGUAAAAAUGAGGAUAAACGUUUGGAUGAUGAAAAGACGAUUGCUACACACAGCAUAUUCAAAAAGCUGGAUGAACAGGAUGAGCAAUUGGGCCCCGACUUGAGAAUAGCAGACAGAGGUCUGAUGCGUGAUUACAUGCGUAAUGCGCGAGACCUACUUGAGGACUUUACGACGGUGUCAGCAUUCUAUCCAACCAAAAAAUCAUAUCGAUAUACUGGCUUCUAUGCUCUGCGAAAAGGAAGAAAAACGUACAGAUACAACGCCGACAUUGGUUUAGAAGCACACACUAUGGCAAAUCGUCUGCGAAAGGUCAAGAUCAAGAACGAGGAUGGCUCUACAACACUAGCAGACGCACCGUCGCAGGACAUGGAUGAUGAAGAGACAAAGAUGCACCAAGAAGAGGAGGAAAGGAACAGACAGCUCGUGCAAGCCACUCAAUUUCGUGGCAUUUCAUUUGACAAAUGGCUCUACGUGUUUCUUCGGUAUGCAUUCAUCUUGGCUGUGACAAGACGAACAGAAGACGCUUACGAGGUGCUCAAGAAGCUUUCCAAUGCCAAUGUGUUUUAUCAAAAUGUGGAGAAAAAGACGGCCAUCCGACUUGCCAUGGUAGGUUGCGGUGUCAUUGGCAAGAGCGAAAGCUUCAUUCAGUUGGGCGCUCGUUGGCUUUGUAACUACUAUCAGUUCCAAAACGACCCUUACAGACUAUUCAUGUCUGUUCUCAAUGAAGGCAUUUCAGAUACUGUGGCCUAUGCGUCUUAUAAUCAGCUGAGAUACCUGAUGAGAAAUAUUCGAUUGAUGGAUGCACUUGUCACUAACAGACGCAAGACAUUGGAAGGCUCAAAUGACAAUGCUGUUGCUUUGGAGGAGAUUCUAAAACUGAAAGAAGCCAUUCUAGCCAUGAAUGUGGACCCCUCCACUGCCAGUGAGCAGCACUACAGCCGCUUUUACGAUAUACCCAAGGAAACCGACAUGAACAUGAUUAGCAACAACACUGAAAAGAAGGGCAUUGCAGCUCCUACCCAAUUAAGUCCUAUGCUGCUGACCGUAUUUGGAGGCAUUGUGAGUCUGACCAAGAGUGUAUUGGCUUCUUCUCUGUUCUUUUUGAGGUCGUAUGCCAUUGCACCCAAAGAUCGUUUGAAUACGCUUUCUUUAGGCUUGUCCUUGCUGCAUUCAGCCAUCACGCGUAAAUCAGAAAACAGACAUUUGCAAAUCAUGCAGGGCAUGUUGUUCAUCUUUGAGUAUGCCAAACUGGCCAAACACAACCAGGAGGCAGAAUACAACAUUGGCCGUGCGUUUCAUCUGUUGGGAUUGACUCAUUUAGCGGUGCCACAUUAUGAAAAAGCCUUGUCCAUGAGAAAAGCAGCUGACGGCACUGUUGAACGUCGACCCGUGGAGGAUGUGUACAAAUGGCCCAUUAGCGAAGAAGAAGAACAAGAGCUAGAGCAAGACAUGGACGAUGAAUUCGACCUCAAAUCAGAGGCUGCCUACAACCUGCAUCUCAUCUACAUUACCAGUGGUUCCAUGAGCUUGGCGCAGAUCCUUAUGCUUAAAUACUGCUCUGUUUAA